UAUUGCAUGUUCUCUCUUUCAUUACUGUUCUCCAUAGUACUGUAUCUAUAUCUAUCUCUAUAUAUAUAGUUUCAUCCAUCCUUCAUUUCUUAUACUGUUCUCCAUAAAGCUACCUAAUGCUCUCUGACCACACUGUCAUCAUACUUCAUACUCCAACCAACCCCAUUUUUUCUGUCCUUCCAUUCUUAACACCAUUCUGUUUUGUUUUUUUUUUUUCUUCAUCUCUUUAAACCAAACAAGUUCUGUUGUUUUUUUUUUUUUUGAGGAAGAAAAAUGGGUGAGAAAGAUGAUGAGUUUAGCUUGGGUUUGAGCUUGAGUUUAGGGUGUGGAAAAUAUGAUAAUAAUAGAAAUAAAAACCAAACUCCUAUGAAUGUUACGCACAAACCUCUUCAAUCUGUUCCAAACCAUAGGGUUUCUUUCAAUAACUUGUUCCAUUUUCAUGAUCUCAGUACCGAAACGAGGUCGUUUCUGCGCGGAAUCGACGGGAACUCGCUGCGAGCGUCUGCGGCGGCGGUGUUUGACGAUGAGAACGGAGUUUCGUCGCCGAAUAGCACUGUGUCGAGUAUAAGUGGGAAGCGGAGUGAAAGAGAAGGAAAUGGAGAUGAAAAUGAUGCUGUUGAGAGGGCUUCGUGCUCUCGCGGUGGAAGUGAGGAUGAUGACGGUGGUGGAUGCGGCGGCGAUGGUGAAUCUUCGAGGAAGAAGCUGAGGUUGUCGAAGGAACAGUCAGUGUUGCUGGAAGAAACUUUCAAAGAGCACAAUACGCUGAAUCCGAAACAAAAGCAAGCAUUGGCAAAACAGUUGAAUCUGAAACCCAGACAAGUGGAGGUGUGGUUUCAAAACAGAAGAGCAAGAACCAAGUUGAAGCAAACUGAAGUGGAUUGUGAGUAUUUGAAGAGAUGCUGUGAGACUCUAACUGAAGAGAAUAGAAGGUUGCAGAAGGAGGUGCAAGAGCUUAGGGCAUUGAAGUUAUCUCCACAACUUUACAUGCAAAUGAACCCUCCCACCACUCUUACAAUGUGCCCUUCGUGCGAGCGUGUCGCCGUGUCAUCCGCAUCCUCCUCAUCAGCAGCCGCACCCUCUGCUUCAACUCCAGCUAACCGCAAUCCAUUAGGCCCGAGUGUUCAACGACCAGUACCUGUCAACCCUUGGGCAGCCAUGUCUCUCCAAAACCGUUCCUGAUCAUGAGUCUUCGCCCAUGAUAUUAGCACUAGUAGUAGGUUUAAGUAGGCAAAGACAUUUAGUGUAUGUUCGGAAACACAACACAGUGAGUUUGAUGGAAUCACGGUGGCGGCUCAACGCGAUUCUGCCAAACUCAGUGCAAGAAGUUGCAGUUAAAAGCUAGACAGAAAUGAAUCAAUUCUGUAGUGCACUUUACUUUUUAGUUUUAGUUCAUUAGGACUUGAGAAGGUUAUGACUUUAGUUAACUUUUGAGUCUAGGCUUAUUUUACUUUAGGCCUAGUGAUAACAUGUUUUACUCAACUUUAGGAUGUGUAAAGUUUCAACAUGUUAAAGUAGUUUGUGUUUUUCAUCAUAUGCUGAAUAGUUUAUCAAUCUUUAUGAACCUUGAAAGGGUGAAAAGGAGAAUCCGAAUCUAUUUUAUCUAGUUUUUUCA